AUGGACAGCAGCAGCGGAAAGCAUCAACUAGAAUACAAAGGCUAUAUGAAAGGUAUGAAGAAUCAAAGUUUUAUUUCUUUAGGCCACAAUGGUUGGGUUACAAGCAUGCAAGUCGGAGAAGUCACCGAAGGAGACCAAACCAAAGAGUUCCUCAUCUCAGGAGCUAGAGAUAGAUCCAUAAUGAUUUGGGAUAUCUAAGAGAAGAGUCAAACCGACUCAGACAAAGAAUGGGGAGUCCCAAAGAAAGUCUUGAAGGGACACUCUCAUUUCAUCAGUGAUCUUACCCUCUCACAAGACAGCAGAUAUUGCUUGACUUCAUCAUGGGACGGAACCCUCAGACUCUGGGACCUCAGAAAGGGAUAAACCAUCAAGAGAUUCGUUGGUCACUCAAGAGACGUCCUUGCUGUUGCCUUCUCCCCAGAUAACAGACAAAUCGCCAGUGGUGGAAGAGACAAGAACCUCAAGAUCUGGAACACCGUUGGAGAGUGCAAAUUCACCGUUGAGCAGAAUGCUCACACUGACUGGGUCUCCUGCGUUAAAUUCUACCAAGACACCAAGAACCCCAUCGUAGUAAGCGCUUCAUGGGACAAGACCAUUAAAGUGUGGGACAACCAAACCAUGACUCUUAAGCACACCUUUGUUGGCCACAAAUCUCAAAUUAACACCUUAGAUAUGGCCCCCAACGCCUCUUACCUCGCCUCAGGUGGAAAAGACGGUAUUGCCAUCAUCUGGAACCUCGUUGAGGGUAAAUUCCUAGGACAAAAAGAAGUUGACUGCCCCAUCAACUGCGUUCUCUUCGCCCCAAAGAACUACUGGCUCGUCUUAGGUACCGAUCACGGUAUCAAGGUUUGGGAUCUCCCAUCCAAAGAAUUCGUUGUUGACAUCAAGGCCUCACCAAUCGAUGCUGACAAGCAAAAGCAAAAUGCUCCAAUUAGCUGCACCAGCUUGGCAUGGAACAAGAGUGGAAACCUUCUUUUCGCUGGUUUCAAUGACAACUACAUUAGGGUCUACAAGAUCGUUGCCGAGAAAUGA